UGUAUCGCUAAUAGAUGACGGCGUUGCGAUCUUUAUUGUUUUUAGGUUAGCGAAUUGAGCACGUUCUAAGAAAUUCUAGAGAAUUCGAUUAGGUGCCGUGCCGGGUCUGAACCACAUUCCUUGAAAUCUAGAAAUUCAUAAAUCAUAACUAAUAGAAAAAUGUCUGGAGUUGCGAAAAGAUUGUUGCCCUUGUUGGAUAGAGUUUUGGUCAAAAAAGCCGAUGCUAUCACCACGACGAAAGGGGGCAUCGUUAUUCCCGAUAAAGCUGCAGCUAAAGUCCUUAAAGCAACCGUAGUAGCGGUGGGACCAGGUGCAAGAAAUAAAAAUGGUGAUCACAUCCCACUAUCUGUCAAAGUAGGAGAUAAUGUAUUACUUCCUGAAUAUGGUGGAACUAAAGUAGAAAUUGAAGAGAAUCAAGAAUAUCAUCUCUUCAGGGAGUCUGAUAUACUGGCCAAAUUGGAGAAUUGAAAGGAUCUCGAAUAAAUUUAGGUUUUUGAACUUAUGUUACAUUCUCUAUGAGAAUUGAGGCUUUUGAGGGUACGAUAUUACAUAACUUGGUUCGUGCUGCCCAAGAGACCUCUCCUGGUUUUCUGUAAAAUUUCAUUGACUUUUCUGAAAACUUGUUUUUUAUGACCUAGUCUAAAUAUGUAGUAAGAACUUAUAUCGAAAUAUAUUAUUUAUAAAAA